GCGAAGAAGCUCCUCGUUGGCUCUUCUUAACCCAUCUCUUCUCUCUCUCUCUCUCUCUCUCGCAUUUCCUCCUCCACCUUCUCCUCUGAACACAAGCCGCACAGAGAGACUCGUCACUUUACCUUCACGCUAACCCCACCCUCUCUCUCUCUCUCUCUCUCUCUCUCUCUCUCUGCCCGUUCAAUUUCGCGGCGAGAAUCUGGGUGUUGGGUUCUUGGUCCCGCCGGAAGAACACAGGCGACGAUGGCGGCGAAGGACGACUGGGUGAAGACGGCGAUGGCGGAGGACAGAAUGGUCGCGGCGCUCCUGAUGCGCCUCAAGCAGGAACCCCACCGCGCAUCCGCUCUCCAGUCGUCGGCGUCGGCGUCGGCGUCGGCGGCGGCGGUUGACUCCCUGCCGCCGCCGAGGUGGGGGAUCCGGCAGCCCCGGUCGAGGAUUGCCUUCAGAUGCGAGGUCGUGUCGCCGAUGAAGAGGUGCGGCGACUCCGCGAGGAACAGCCCGACGACUCCCCUCUCGUGGAGCGCCGGGACCGCCUCCUCCUCCGGCACCGCCGACGGCUUCGACGACUCCAACUUGCAGGUCUGCGGCUCCUCCGCCUCCACAUCUAAGGGCAUUGUGUCGACCGAUUCUGGGACGCUAGAUAUUAAGAAGUCAAGGAAAAGGAAGACUUUUGCUGAACUUAAAGAGGAGGAGGGCCUGCUUUUGAAGGAAAGGGUGCACUUAGAGAAGGAGAUAGCAACUUUGAGUGCAACUUUCAAAGAGCAGAGAACAAGAAACAAGAGCUUGAAGCAAAUGAAGGUUGAUGUGGAUAUGAACACAACAAAGAUCACCAUCAGUGCCACCCACGAACCAGAAAAAGCGAAUUCUAACUUGCAUGGCCUUGAAGGUCCCCUCACUGCAGAUCAUGCUGCUUCGACAUUGCUAACACGGGUCGCAAGCCCUAGUCGAUCCUCAGAUUCUCAUCAAAGCCGCGGGUCUCCCGAGAAGCAAAACACUUCUUUCCUACUUCCAGAUCUCAACAUGGUGCCAUCUGAAGAGGAUCCAUUUUCUGAAGCGUUAAAUGGCGUGAGUAGCGGAGAAACACUCCGGGUGUCUGUCAACUGAAGCAAGCGGUUACCGUUGUACUCGCUGCCAAACUCGUGUAUGCUGGUUGAUGAUGCAUUAUAGGAAAGAGGAUCUAAUCCAAACAGCCUUAUCUGGACAAUCUUGGCAAGAAAAGCAGGGGAUCGUAAGUCAAUGACAUCUCCUCGCAGUUGGUAGCGGCAGUCGACAAGUAACGGCGAAGGUUUUCGAGGGUAGUGUAGGGAUCGCAGGCCAUCCGAUAUGCAACGUUGGCAGCAGGUAGGCAGAGCGCCUUUGGAAUUCUUUUUCUGGUAAUUCCUCGUUACUUCUUUAUUCCUUUUAAAAUGUAGGGUCGCGGACUCGAUUCUUUCCUCUAUGUAAAGAGCUGAUGGAUUCUGAGAGUGCCUUAAUAUUUUCUCUCUUUAUUGAUUCAA